AUGCAGCAGCGUACAGCCCACCAUGUUGCGCCUAUUCACCACCUUGACCCCAAUUCCUACUCAAUGACUUCCCCAGAACUGUCCAUCACGUUGUCGGUAGCACAACUUCUGCAGUUCGAAGUCUGCGCCAGUCUCUCUGAGGAGCAGCCUCGCCUGCAACUUGGAACGCUGCAGCAGUCAUCUCUCCCUGCUGGAUCUCAGGAUCUGUCAUCGGUCGAUAUCAAGUUUGAAACGCAACUCGUCGACGGGCGGCGCAUCUUGCGCGUCUUUGCCAUCCCAAAAGCUGGGUUAUCCCGUACCAACAACACUUCAUCGCUGGACGCGUAUACUUUCCAACAUCGUGCGUCGCAUUUCGAGGAUCUAACGCGCAGCUCCUCCACGAGCUCUUGCUCAAACGCAAGCUCAACGAUCUCGUCACCAGCCGCAUUUGACUGCUAUUUCCCAGACGACCUAAUGAAAGACAUCAACUAUGAGUCCUUCCUGUCUUCAUUUUCCUCGUCGAAUAUGUACCUGGACCCUCUGGGAUCCGUAGACCAGCUACCUCCUCUAAAAGGCAACUUCCCUUCACAAUGCAACGAAGAACCUCUUCUCCUACAGUGCAUCGAUACACUGCCAUCUUUUACUCCCCAAAACCCUGAGACUUCGGAGGCAUGUUCAGGAACUUCCAGCACCACGUGCCAGCUCCCCUCGCCUGCACCGACUGAACCUGCCGUCUCCGCCGGUACCGACACUAGCGCAUCAAAUACACCAGCUGUGCAUCAUGAGGAGGAACCUGCAGGUCGCCGGCGGCGAGCGCGUCGAUUUUCGUGUUUGGAGCUAACGUGUUCGAGGAAAUUUGCGAGCAAGGACUACACAUGUCAACGCAUCAGCCGGGUAGAAACGUACGUCAUUCUCACAUCGAGCACUGCGGGUUGCUCGGGCCACUUCUCGGUGAUCACCCCACGUGUCUCAUAUCCAUCGAACGGUGGAGUCUCCGCAUUGCGGUCUUAUGGCGACCGGGAAUCAUUCCAGGAGCCGGUUAUGCGUCUACGGAAGCGGAAAUACAAGUUAUCCCUCCAGUGCAAGCUCCGAUGGAUAUACUUCCUUCCGCCCAACAGCGAGGCCAUCGCUAUCGGAGAAGUCAGAACGAUCUUCGUCGAGUCUUCAUUAAACUUAUGA